UAAAAUCCGUGAAUGGAGGAAAGGUUUUGGGGUGGGAAAUGUGGGACCUGUGGUAAACUAAAGAGAAAGAGAGAGUAAGUGUUAGUAGAAAGAAAGAAAGAAGACUUCAACAUCACGACAGUGGGGAUAGUAAAAGACAGCUAGCAAUGAAGGAGGAGCCUCACCUACCAUUGCCCAUCCAUCACAUUCUCUUAUUUUCCAUUUAAACCUUCUCAACUCCACUCUUUCUCCUUUCAAAAAACCCACCUCUCUCUCUCUCUUUCUCUCUCUCUCUCUUCAUUUCAGUUUCACCUCAAAUUACCAAUUUCUAGUUUCAGGACUUCAAUUCUCAACUCAUACACUCUCUCUAUAUAUCUUACUCAAAUUCAACAAGAGAAAAUGGUUGGACCAAACUUCAUGGACGAGAUAGACUGUGGUAGCUUCUUUGACCACAUCGACGACCUGCUUGAUUUCUCCGUCAACGACGUUGAUGCCACCGCCGCUUCCUUGUCCACCGUCACCUCCGCCGCAAACUGUAACUCACUGGCGAGUAUUUGGCCGAAUGAGUCUGACUCGUUUCCUGCCUCUGACUCAGUGUUUUCUGGAAACAGUCCUGACCUCUCGGUGGAGCUCUCUGUUCCGUAUGAAGACAUUCUUCCAUUGGAAUGGCUGUCCACUUUUGUGGAGGACUCAUUUUCUGAAGGGAGUCUCACAAUGAAGAAAGUGGAGCAACCACCAUCAUCAUGUGUGACCACUAAGGAGGAUUCUGUGCAUAACCAAUUCCAGACAUCGAGUCCUGUUUCUGUCCUUGAAAGCAGCAGUUCAUCCUCUGGUGGAAAGACGACGACAGCAGCAGGGAUUUACAUCCCUGUGCCUUGUGGACGUGCACGCACCAAGCGUCCACGUCCUGCAACUUUCAACCCUCGUUCCGCCAUGCAGCUUAUUUCCCCUACUUCCUCUUUUGUUGGGGAGAAUGUGCAGGCUAAUGUUAUCUCUACCAAGACGGGGUCUUCGGAUUUUGACAAUUUUGCCGAGUCUCAAAUUGUGGCCAAGAAACCAAAGCUGCCUUCUGGAGAAUCUAAGAAGAAAAAGAAGAUCAAGAUGCCACUUCCUGCUGCUCCUUCUGACAGCGGCGAUCAGAAUGGUUCGCUACCUGUUAGGAAAUGCAUGCAUUGUGAAAUAACCAAGACACCACAAUGGAGGGCAGGUCCAUUGGGGCCGAAAACACUCUGCAAUGCUUGUGGCGUUCGCUACAAGUCAGGCCGGCUUUUCCCUGAAUACCGUCCUGCUGCCAGUCCAACUUUUUGUCCUUCAUUGCACUCCAAUUCUCACAAGAAGGUCAUUGAAAUGAGAACAAAGGAUAUCGAUAGCUCUGGUUUUGAAUCACAUUCAGCUGCCUCUCCUGAACUCAUUCCAAACACUAACAGCAUUCUCGCCAUGGAAUACAUUUGAAGCGAGACGAUCCUAGUCGUGGAGAUUUCUCGCCCGUCACCUUCUCUAGUGUCGCGUCUUAUGUUAUUUCUUAUUGAUAUUUUAUUUCCUUGGUCAUUGGUUUUUGUACAGGGUUGGAAUGGGGGAAUAGGAGCAUUAGAUGAUGAUGAAGAUCAUUUUUAGCAUUUAGAACAAGAUUUUAAUGAGAACAGAAGAAAAGAGGUUAGAAGAGUUAUGAAAGUCAAAAAGGGUAGAGUCUUAGGUCUAGUAGUUUUAGGUUACUUAGAUCUUUAGGAGUUGGUGUCUCAGUUGUCAUUUUCUUUUUCUUGGCAUUCCUUUUAUUUUUUCUCUCUUUUUAUAAUAUCCUUAUUCCUGGGAAUUCUUUUUGCAGUUUAUUUGUAGCCAAACAUUGAGUUGAGUAAAAGACUUCAAAACUUGCACUUGCUUUGUUUCA